UCUACAAUUUAUAAUUAACAAGACCUAAGGCCUAAGAUUUUCGUAGUUUCAUGUUUUAAUCUUUAAUUUAAAAUAAUUUGUUAUACCUAAUUAAAGAACGUUAUUGAAAAAGUUAUAAGCUACUAAUUAUCCAGAUAUUCUUUAAUAGUUUAAUUUAAGAUGGACGACCACCACAUUUAUGAUGUUAACUUCACCGAAGAGAUUAACAAUAAGAUGCAAGUGCCAAAGAGUAUUCGAGUAAAUGGAGAUAUUUCUAAUUAUCGGUCAUCAAACUACUACACGGACGAUAACAGCCGAUUUGGUGACAAUUUUGACAUGAGAGUUCCAGAAAAAAUUGUUCUUUUAGGUAAUAAUCAGCAUCAGGGAUCUUCAUCAAAACCAAAAGAAUUUGCAAUUGAUGAUUUGAUCAUUCCACAGCCACCUACUGAAGAAUUUAUCCGUGUUCAGACUCCACCACAAAAAAUUACCUUGUCAAGACAUUAUUUCCCUUCUGUGUUGGAUGAUUUUGAAAUAAAAUCUAUGAAUACUGAGGAAAGUGAAGAAUCAACUCCGAAUAAUUCUGAACCAGUGACUAAUGCUGUGCAAAUAAAUCCAAAUAUGAGCUUUUUCAAUACAAGUGUUAGUGAACCAAUGACAAUAUCUGAAGAAUUAGCCCACUUGCGUCAACAGAUGGGCCGUGUGUCACGCCGAGUUAUUGAAUUAGAACAUACAGCUUCACUACCUUUUUAUGUCAGAGAGAAAAAAUUAAUUGUCACAUUAAUAUGCAGUUAUGUUGUUUUUAAGUUUGCAUCAUGGUUAACCAGACGUUAGAAGCAUUUAAUUUAUUGUAUGUAUUCCAAUUUUUUGUGAAUGCCAUAUUGAUACCAUACAUUAUUUUCAUCGUUAUGUAUAUUAAUUUAUAUAUUACUAUAACAUAUACCAAAAUAUAUGUAUAUAAAAAAAAAAAAAAUAGUGAAUCUUAAAUUCACAGUUCAGUUACUUUGUAAAAUAUUUUUGAACUUUUGUGGGUUGGCUACUUUAAAAAUGUUAUUGUUUUUAAACAACUCAAUAUAAUGCAGUAACACAUGUAUAGCGUGUGCAGAAAUGGAAAAAAAUAGUAAAAUAGAACUUUUAAAAUUUAAACAGUGAUUACUUUUUUUAAUUUGUUGCAACAUUUUUUUUUUUAAAUUAAUUACACACUUUAUAUUAUUGUAUAACAUGUAUGAUAUGUGUGUUCACAUAUGAAAAAUCAUCACAACAAUUUAAAAUUAAUGUGUACUAUAGUAAUAAUAAUUUUGUUAUAAGUAAGUCUAGAAAUGCUGAUUUAUAUAUUUUAAAGACAAGACUGCAUCGUUAUUGAGUA